AUGGUCUCUCGUUAGACAGGUGUCUACCGGUCCAACAGAGACAACCGCCACGUCAGAGAGGCCAAGCGUCAAAAAACUUCCACGUAUUUUUUGACAAGCAUCCUUGUCGGGGCGGCCAGAGCUUUUUUGCACCUCAAGUCGGUGGCAGCGUGUACGUACGGCUGGAGUCACAGUCUUCUUUGGCAGGUUAUCCGUGGUACUAUCCACUGUCAUGGAACUGUUUUUGAAAAAUAACGCGACGUCUUGAUGGACGUUCAAACUACGGGCACUCAACGUGUUUAACUACAUGUUUACUGGGAUUUCUUUUCUAACCAGUACAGCUCUGCGCUCUGUAGGCUAUCAUCUGCAGUUUGCUUCAGCAAAGUGUAGGCAUCACUUGUCGUUCUUCCUUUGGUGUCAAUUCCGGCGUCAUGUGAAAAGGGUGUUUCUCUCGCCCUAGACUGGGGGACCUCCUCCUUCGAGCUCAUUCGUCAGUGCCGAGACGUAUCUCGCCCCGGUUGUCCCGGUGGGGUAGUGUCCCUGUCCCCGGUGCAUCCCGCAUCCUUCGGCGUGCGGCGGAGCGGAGGAUGAGCGAGCAAGGAAAGGGCUCGGCACCCGCCUCUGCCGCGGCCCCGGCCCCAGGGUCGGAUACUUACAAAGGCUGGCUUUUUAAAUGGACCAACUAUUUGAAAGGGUACCAGCGGCGAUGGUUUGUCCUCAGCAAUGGCCUGCUCUCAUAUUACAGAUCGGUGGAUAAGUGUUUUAUGAGGAUAUGUGCACAGGGGACCGACAGGACGCAGGCAGAGAUGGCCCAUACGUGCCGUGGAACAAUCAACUUGGCCACAGCACACAUCGACACAGAGGACGCCUGCAAUAUUGUCCUGAGCAGUGGCGGCCGCACCUACCACCUGAAGGCUAGCACAGAGGUGGAGCGGCAGAGAUGGGUCACAGCACUGGAGUUGGCCAAAGCUAAAGCCAUCCGCAUGAUGAACGAUCAGUCUGAUGACUCGGGGGACGAGGAGCCUACAUCCCAGUCGGACCGCAGCGAGAUUCAGGGCACCCUGAAGAUUCUUGUCAGCAAGCUUGAUGACCUCAGCACAUGUAAUGACCUGAUCGCCAAGCACGGGGCAGCCCUGCAGCGUUCCCUGAGUGAACUCGAGGGUCUGAAAGUCCCUGUGGAAGGAGGGGAAAAGAUCAAGGCAGUCAAUGAGCGAGCAACCCUCUUCCGCAUCACUUCCAAUGCUAUGAUCAAUGCGUGUCGAGACUUCUUGGACCUAGCAGAGACUCACAGCAGGAGAUGGCAGAGGGCGCUGCAGUAUGAGCGAGAGCAGCGUAUCCACCUAGAGGAGACCAUUGAGCAGCUAGCCAAGCAGCAUAACAGCCUGGAGCGAGCGUGGCGAGAAGCACCCACGCUUGUUUCCACCGCACCCAGUGCCCCUACUGCCAACAAGGGAGGGAGUGAGAGGCUGCACAAAGAAGAGGCGAGUGAUGAAGAUGAGAAUACUGAGUACUUUGAUGCCAUGGAGGAUUCCCCUGCCUUUAUCACAGUGACUGCCACUGAGAACACACAGCAGAGGCGAUCUCAGAGUAAUUUGAGCGGAGCAAGCGGAAGUCAACCCAAUCACUGGAACCAAGACGAUCAUAUGUCUCCAAGCUUUAAUGAUGUAUCAGGGAAGGAGCUGCAGCCCCGCAGACAGAGACGGACUCGUGUCCCAGACAAGCCCAACUACUCUCUCAAUUUGUGGAGCAUCAUGAAGAACUGCAUUGGCAAGGAGCUCUCCAAAAUACCCAUGCCUGUAAACUUCAACGAGCCUCUGUCGAUGCUGCAGCGCCUCACCGAGGACCUGGAGUAUCAUGAGCUUCUGGACAAAGCAGCACGUUGCGACUCCUCCCUGGAGCAGAUGUGCCUGGUCGCUGCCUUCUCCGUCUCAUCCUAUUCCACCACGGUCCACCGAACAGCCAAGCCCUUCAACCCCCUCCUGGGCGAGACCUACGAGCUCGAUCGACAAGAGGAGUUUGGCUACCGCUCGCUGUGUGAGCAGGUGAGCCAUCACCCCCCUGCAGCUGCACAUCAUGUGAUUUCCCAACGAGGCUGGACCCUGUGGCAGGAAAUCACCAUUGCCAGCAAGUUCCGUGGCAAAUACCUCUCCAUAAUGCCUCUGGGUGCUAUUCACCUACAGUUCCACUCCAGCGGGAACCACUAUGUGUGGAGAAAGGUUACCUCCACAGUGCACAACAUCAUUGUGGGCAAGCUUUGGAUUGACCAGUCAGGGGACAUCGAGAUUGUGAAUCACAGGACGAAGGAGACCUGUCAACUCAAAUUCUCUCCCUACAGUUAUUUUUCCAGGGAUGUUCCACGGAAGGUGACAGGUAUGGUGGCAGACAGUGAAGGCCAGGCUCACUACAUCCUUUCUGGUACAUGGGAUGAUACAAUGGAGAGUGCCAAAAUCAUUCAUAGCAGCAGAGGGGGCAGUGGAUCAGAGGGCAAGCAGAAGACCGUCUAUCAGACGUUGUCCCCCAAACUGCUGUGGAAGAAAUACCCUCUCCCGGAGAACGCUGAAAACAUGUACUAUUUCUCAGCGCUGGCACUAACUCUGAAUGAACCGGAGGAAGGAGUGGGACUGACCGACAGCCGUCUAAGACCAGACCAGAGGCUGAUGGAGGAAGGGCGAUGGGAUGAGGCAAACUCAGAAAAACAGAGGCUAGAGGAGAAACAAAGAGCCGUGAGGAGGAGGAGGGAAGCAGAGGCCUCAGAUGCUGUGGAUGAAGGUAAAGAAUACGAAGGCUACCAGCCGUUGUGGUUUCACCAGAGGAGGGAUUCAAUAACUGGAGAGACAAACUUUGUGUACAACGGAGGUUACUGGGAGGCGAAGGAGAGACAGAACUGGAGCAUGUGUCCUAACAUCUUCUAACCCAGGAACUCCGCCAGGAUCACUUCUAACCUCACCGGACAGGGAACUGCUCUGCUUCUGGUCCUUCAGCAAUGGGGCUCACCUGGCUUACGAGCACCAUGUGGACCUUUUAUUGAGCAUGAGAAUGUGUAUGUUUCACACACUCUCGGAUUACCUCCAAAUGUACACUCUCAUUCUGUUUUUACUAUCGAGAAAAAGAAGGGGCGUUCCCUGAGUCUUUGACGCUUUACUGAAACAACACUGAGAUCAUGUGUGGAUGUGAGGUGGUGUUGGAGUUGUAACAUCACAAUAAAGACACCUGCACACUCCUAAAAUCAGGUGCUCGAUAAAUCUAAUUCACAAUGCACUUUUCUGUUUUCACCCCAUUUAAGAGUUAGUACUGAUUGGACAGAAACCCAUAUCAAAGGAGCUCCCGUUUCUAGACUUGCAACUAACAGGGAAGAAAUGAACAGGCACAUAGACGCAGAACAGUGUUGAACACAUGUCAGUUUUUCAGGGUUACAAGAAAAGUGUCCUCAUUCUUAGUUUUAUUCAGCACAAUAGAUACUAUGGCAGUAAUACUGUAUACAUCUUUAAUCAGUUCCCUCUUUCUUUUUCAAGUGCUCCUUAUUUGCCCCUUUUAGUUGCCUUAUAGGAUAAGGCUUCAAAAUGUUGUUUGGAAAAUUCUGGGUAAUAGAUGUUAUCAAUUAUGCAGUCACAACGAUUUCAAAAUUAAAUCAAUAAAAAGGCCUUCAGGAAAAAUAUUUACAUUGAUAACUACAUCCAAAUAGGUAACAUAGCCUAAGAUAAUGCAAUGCAGCUCUUUAUACAUGUAUGAAAUGAAUGCAGCUUAUUUUCACAGUCCUUUGUCAGCAUGUCAGUUUUAAUACUUUUAGCUAUUAUUAUUUUAUUUUAUAAUUCCUUUUUUUUUUUAUCAAGACAAACUGGGCAGAGCCAGGUCCAGUAUGUCAUUGGUGGUGGUAAAACGGUCCCUGAGAAACAUGAAAACUGCUAAAAAGAUAUCAAAUAAAUAAAAGUGGCCAAUUUAAUGAAUAAUGAUACGGUCAUUCUGACAAUAAGCAGGAUGAAAUAAUGUUUCAUAAUAACAAGCUGUGUUUUCAAAAAUAUAAUGGUUUACUUCACAAUUGUAUGGUUAUAUUAUACAUGUUGUUUGUUUACUUUUCAUAACCAACAGCUAAUAUUUGAUUGGGCAAACCAUCUUUUUUAUACAGCAGAGGCUGGCUUGUCUGAAUUGAUGAAAUAUGCAGCAGUGCAGAAACAUAUUCUAUUUGGUGUGAAUGUUGGGAGUUUCCCUCUAGAAAUGAAGUAGUCAGUUAGACUAGAGUCCAUGUAGAGAUAAUAUAUUGCUGCUUAUAAUUUAAUAUGUUGAAUAUAAAUUGCAUCUAUGCUUCAUUGCAUGUCAGUCAUCUACACAUCCUUCAGACAUCUUACAUUUGUGAUUCUGUUUGGUAAAAUUCUGCAGUAGUGAGUCCUUUAGUUGUGACACACUGAACAUCCAUAUCACUCUAAUCUUCAUCAAAGAACUAAUUAAGCACUUUUCACUGUGGUAGAUCAUAGGUAAGUAGUACAUAUCUCUGUGUUGAUGUUGACAAAAUUUCACACUUUUCAUGUACUUUACCUUGUCCUCUGGUGCUCUCCCAUAGCAACACGUACCGUAUCCUUGGUGACCAUCUUCAGUGCAUCAUUGUCAGUGAGCAUAUAAAAUAGUAUAAAGUCUGUACCAAAGCACUGAGACAUUUGGUGAUUACCACCCAGUACAUACAGGAACUUGUUGUUUUCUAUGUUGGUACAAGCUCCACAGCCUCCAUCAGUCACUAGUUUGUAGUUCUUUUUCCAGUUGGACUACAGCACGUUAAACUGGACCGUUUUCUCGGAGGAGUCCAUCGUGGCGUCAGCUGAGAGGAGGCAGGGCUGGUUCCUGUAGCACACCUCUGUGCAGUUAGCUCCGGCCACAGGUGAAUCCCCCCGACUACCGCUCCAGCUCAACUCAGCUCACAUGUGUAGUCCUUUAGUUCGGUGUUUGUGGACAUGCUGAUCUGCGAUCAGCUCACAAAGGUAACCCUCGGUCUUUAGCCUUUAAUUGACUGAACAAGGGAAAAAGUCCCCUGACCUGUGCACUACAUGUCUACGGAGACAAUUGUUUUGAAAACCAGUUAGUAUUUUUUGUAAUUAUUGUUAGGAAUGUAGAAUCCAAGACUGGAGGUAUUGUAUCUACCAUCUAGUCUAUUUGUGUGAAUAUUUUGUGAUAAAAGAAGGAUAUUGUGAAAUGAAGAUCACUUAUACUAAGCUGAGUAUUAAGUUAUCUGUACAGUAAAAACAAAUUGAUUGAAGGAGCCUGAUGGAUUUGCUGUAGUUUUAACUUUUCCUCCAGACUGAUUGUGCAAAGCUGGAUGUUAACUCUGAGGCACCCUCAAUUUGGCUGCAGAUUCUGGUUUUAUACUUUCAAAAACUGUCUUAACACACUGAACAUAUUUUUUUAUAGAGUACUUGAUGCUAGCACAUUAGUAAGUGUGGUUCGGUGAUGAUUUCAUCUGGCAACACAUCUGGCAAUUUCUCUGAUGUGCAGUUCAUAAAGAUGGAUGAAAUGCGCUAGAAAAUAACUAAAUUCACAUAGAAUAUUCACAUAGAGUGAAGAUGUUCAGAAUGA